CACAUUAGUCUGCCAACAGCAAUUUAAAUCCACAGAAGAAGGUCAAAACACGCUUGUGUCGUUAGGAAAAUAAAGACUUAAAUAUACAUAAAUUAUGUUUUAGAUAAGUUGCUACCAAAGACUGAGAGGAAGAUGCAGGCGUUCAGCCAAAUGCUUUUGGAAUAUCCUCAGUUAAUGUACGGAGGACUCGGAGCAACGGCUUUCAUGGCGGGGGGGACUCUGAUUUACAAAAUUGCUACCAGAAGGAAGCCCACACAUGUCAGUGUGAAUUGUUGGUUCUGCAACCUGGACUCUGUGGUUCCAUAUGGAAACAGAAACUGUUGGGACUGCCCCAACUGCGAGCAGUACAACGGCUUUCAGGAGAAUGGUGAUUACAACAAACCUAUUCCUGCUCAGUUCUCGGAGCAUCUGAACCAUGGUGUGUCUGCCAGCCUGCCUUUGCCUGAGACACCCAAGACGUUGCAGUGGGUCAACUGUCAGAUGUUGUUGUGCAAGAAAUGCAACAACAACCAGACCAUCAAGAUCAAGCAGUUGGCCUCAUUCAUCCCAAGGGAAGAUGAGAACUAUGAUGAGGAAAUUGAGGUCUACAAGCACCAUGUGGAGCAGACCUACAAGCUGUGCAGACCCUGUCAGACUGCAGUGGAAUACUACAUCAAGCACCAGAACCGCCAACUCCGUGCUGUGCUCUUUAACCACCAGCUCAGACGCUGUAAAGACUCUGACAAAGCAUUUGUAAAGAGCUCCUAUUCCUUCAGCACACCCGUUGGAGUUAUAUUUCUUCGUGUCCUGGCGUUUCUUACCUGUGCCUUCCUAGUUGCAACAGCAGUAUAUGGAUUUGGGAACAAAACCCAGUCUGCCAGUGCUCCCCAAACCCUAAGUGGCGGGAUCAUACCUCCAAAGCCUACUCCCUUCAAUGGAUCGACUCCCAGUAACGGCAGCAGUGAGGCUGGACGGAUGUGGCAUGACCUGCUGGAGUUGUUUCCGGAGGAGUCCAUAGAGAAUGCAAAGCUUGUCUGGCAAUAUGGAAGGAACUAUCAGAUAGUUGUGGUCUCCAUUGGCCUGUUGAGCUGUAUCACGGGUGUCUAUCUAGGAGGACCCAUCAGACUGAGGCGAAUUGACGCAGUGGCCUCUGUCCUUUGGUUUCUGGUCUUGGGUCUCUACUUGGUGGAGAAAUGCCUGAAAACUGAUGUCUCAAGCUGGCUGGAUACAGUGAAACUUGGCACCAUCUCCAUAUGUUGCCUGGUCGGCUUUGCCGCUGCCACGACAACACGCAAAUCCAUGGACACGAGAAGAGCAAGAGGUCGAAGGUACCUGUCCGGUAGCUCUGAAGACUUGCUGUAUGGUGUCCAUGAACCCUUUCUCUCUCAAAUGUCCCUUGGUUCCUCCUCCAACUUCAUCCCAACACCACCCCCAAACCUCUCCCAGCUCAUCAACCGACAGAAAGGUCCCAGAGAGCGCAAAGCCUCUCCCUCUUCUCUACCUGGUCGCCUCAACCGAGCCCUGUACCUUGGCACCACCCCGUCCCUGGCCAGGACAGAUUCUGGCUACCUUUUCAGCGGAAGUAGACCGCCUUCACAGUGCAAAGACUCCUUGGCUUCAGAUUAUUUUUCUUUCAAAUCUGCGAGCCGUCCGUCAUCGCCAUGCCCCUCUCCUACCCCCUCUGUGGCCGACUCAGUCACGUCCAACUCCAGCUCUCGUCACCGGCGCCCCCUCAUCAGCCCAGCCAGACUUAACAUCAGUGGACAAAAACUCCGCCUUUUCAUACCUGAUGCAGAGCCCCAGCUCCCACCCACCCCAACGACACCUCACCACUUUUUAGCAGAGCCUGCCCCUCUUCACAGCAGAGGCUCCCUUCUGCCCGACAUAUCCCCAUACCAGAGUUAUAAUGACUUGAGCACCUUCCAAAAGGAGGGCAAUGUAAUCUCGGAAGAGCUUGAGAAGAAACAGGGAAGCUCUUCUAGCUCCUCUACUUGUUUGGUUGACACCACCACAGACAGCACACCUAGAUGCAAAGGUCUCUUGGGUCGUUUUUCUUUUUGGCCAGGCCUCCUUCUAGCGAGCCUGAGUGCCAACUUAUUCUUCACCUUCCUCUACCUUUAUCGCAACUGGCACACCUGAUUCACUAUACAAAGGUUUGGCGAUUAGCAGAGAUGUCCAAUCAGUUGUGAUAGCUUUCGGAUAGAUAUGUGGAAUGGAUGAGGGUCCCUGAGGUGAGGGUUGAAUACCACUUUUGUAGACAACCGCGGUUCCUUCACAACCUGUGACACCACACAAAGGUGUCCAAAUGCAGCGUUAAAGGGCAAGUCCUCCUACCUUUUCGCUGGCUCACAGACGUUGAGAAAGGCCAUGUCCCUGUAUGUCUGCACUAGAGCUGGGAAUUGCCAGAUAGUACCAUAAUUCUCAAGGGCUGAUGUAACACACGAUUCCCAUGAUUUUAUAUACAUUACAACUUGAAUUGCCAUUUGAUGUUCCAAACAUAUUACUUGCCAUGACUACUGCAGAGGGAAAAGAGAAUGAUGAGAACACAAGUUUUGUUUAAUCAUGGAAAUAACAUUUGAAAGUUGAGAAAGGAGAUGGCUAACAAGAUAGUUAAGUAGAAAUAUCAGUUUUCGUGACUAGCGUUAGCCAACUUUAAUUAGCAAGAAAACAUGUAUACUUUUUUGGGGGGAGUUUCAAUAUUUAGUGAUAGAAUCUUUCAACUGAAGUCAAUAUUAAUGGGACAAUAUUUUCAAGAAUUGACCAUAGGCAAUAAUACUAUUGGCAUUGCUGUUGACAUUUUCUCUUAUCCCUACAAUUUGACCUAGCCUUGUAAUGUAAUGUAAAUCUGACUCCUUGAAAGUUAUAAACUUGAACAACUGAACUUGCAAAGGUUGAUCUUACAUUGAAAGAGUUAAACUUACAUGGCACUGUUUUACUGUAUGUGUGUAUUUUGGCCUUUCUUUAAGAUACUUUGACUAUGGUCAUGCUGUUAAAUAUAUGCAGUACCAAGCUUCAUUUGAAAUUGAAGGUGCUUUUAUACAGACGUGAAAGUUUAAUUUAUGUUUAAGAAAUUGUCAGAACAAAGUUUUGAAUGGUGAGAGAAUGGGUUUGAGGAGUUUAAUAGUGGUGGUUAGUGUGCUUGUUAGUGGCUGCCAUUCUAGAUCAAACAAUGAUCACGUGUUACAUGAUUAGGCUGGAUUUCAUGUUAGUUUUAGAGGGGUCAAAUCUCAUGAACAUCUGUAUAAUUGAAAUAGUAAUAGAUUCAAACAAUGAAUUAGUCUGAUUUUCAUCUAAAACACACAGGCUGUGGAAUCGAUGCCUAGUUACUUUUCAUGCUCUUUAUUAUGCUUGGAGAAAUUAAAAUAUACAGAAAAUGUUUUUCUGUUUAUAACUCUACCAAGUAUCACUCUCAGAGGAUAGAGAGCUUCUCCACAAACUCCGGGAGACCCCACUGAACAAGAACUUUACCUCAUAAAAAUCAAACCGAGAUAUUAAAACUAUAAUGUCAUUUUUAACCUAUACAAAGUAUAGGCAGACAAAUUUACUGAUUUACUGAAAUAAACUGUUUGAAUCAUAUAUACUCUACAUACUUAAUGUUGAACCAUAAAUAUGUAUAGUUGCUUUUUGGGUUGCAUCAACCCAUGAAUAUAUACAGAAAAUAUUUUCCAUCAGUUUAGCUAAACUUGGGAUUUAGCAAACAAAAAACUGUACUCCAUCAAACUACUCAUAGAAACUAUCCAUGAUUACUUUUUACUGAAGAUUAUCACUGUAACUCAUGACAUAAAAAUAGAUCAUUUCUAAAUGUAUUUCCUAAUGUACUGGGUGGUACCGUUUUAUGGGAAUUUAGGCUCCUUUUACAAUUUGUCAGAAUUAAACACUUCCUUCCAAACAAAUGUGUUAUGCAUAGCCAUCCUUUAGCAUUUUAAUAUCAUAUGUAACCUAUCACAAGUAGAUACAUGUCUGCAGGUACUUUUAAACACAAUUUCAUUACUGUUUCAAUAACUCUAGCCCGGAAAAUCAAAUUCUUAUGAGUUACAUUUCUUCUUGUGCAGUGGGUUCUUCUGCUCUUUUCUUAGUGGGUCAACAUAAUCUGACGCUAGUCCUUGUUGGUGCUAUAGACCACAACUGUAAUAUAGCUGAAUGUUCAUAUUUUCUGUAUAUUUGAAUGUCUUAAAGUAUGGUACCUAAAAGUAACUAUGAAUGUAUACAUUCCACAAAACAAAUAUCUUUGAUCAUCUACUUAGUUUUGGUUAUAAAAUAAUCUGAUUAUUUGCAAAAAUUGGCUUUACUGUUUGUAUCAUGUCAUUGUUGUGUGAUGUAACACUUUGAAAGCCUAUAACAAGCAAAAAUUGAAAAAACCCAGGUUGGCUGGUCCAGUAAAAAGGAUAGUCUCAAUGAUGGAUCAAUGGGGGAAAAAAUGUCACCCCUGUUAAUUGAUUCAGCCUAAGGUUAUAUAGUGUAGGCAUCAUAUCUGUACCACUUAGACGGUAUAGAAUUUCUUGAUAUGAAUUAACCUACAAUGCCUAUGGAAAGUCUACCUCCCCAUGAACUGGUUCACAAUUUCUUCCACACUAUACACUUUUAAGGGGAUUGUUUGGCAAAGUAAAAUUAUGUAUACAAAAUACAAAACUGAAAUUGUGUAAGUCCUAAUAAGAAAUGCAUGCAGUAAUUAUAACUGUGUCAUUUGGGAUAGGUUUCCACCAACUCUAUCACUUUUAUAACUGGACAUGGCAACAUUACAUAACUGUAGUACAUAAACAAGUUUCUUAGGGAGCAACGAUGGAAAGCAAUCUUAAAAUCAUGAGACUAAACUAAAUAUGUGCUCUGACUGGGCCAUGCAAAGGCCACUUCACUGUUGCUUUGUGAUUUGGUUUGUUGUCAUGCUGAAAGUUGAACUACUGUCCAUUUAUUUUUCUUGCAGAGGGCAGCAGGUUUUCUUCAAGAAUGUUUCUUUAUAUUGCCUCAUUCAUUUUCCCUUCCAUGUAUUGAUACUUGCUUGUCAAGAUCAGCCCUAAAUGAUUACAGUUUUGUUACACUAAAUGUAUCAAAUGGAAGGAUGUGUUGACUGAGACCAACUGGACAUAACAUAGUUGUGUUAUCUUGUGUGUAUUAGAAAAUAUUCUGUAGAAAACACACUACAUCUGGUUAACUGUAUAGUGUUGUAAUUUUGUAUGGAAAUGUUUAUAUUGUAAUACACUAUCAUUUGUAUCUCAAACUGCCAUAGCCAAAAGAUAAAGCAUUUGGAAUUCUUGUUUGGACUUGUUUAUCAUCUGCUCUUAUAUACACACACCAAAAGCACUGAUAUUCUAUUGUUAUCAUUAUAAGAAUAUGUAUUUCUCUCAGAACGUAAUCUUUAGAAGCUCAUGUUGAAAUGUCAUAAACAGCUCAUCUUGGAAUUGUGAUUGCACUCAAUUUCAAAUUUACUACAAUUUAAUUAUAUACAUUUUUGUAUAGCAUACAUCGAUAUUGGUUCAAAUGACCAAUAUAAUCAAUUGUACAUACUGAAUGUUCCUUUUUUUUGUUUUUUACAUCAAGAUGUCAAUAUGUGGUCUUUUUUCAGAUUCAGGGUUUGAGGAAAUUAUGGACUAAUAUUCUAAUAUCCGUGGGGUAUAACGUUAAGUUACUAAUGUGUGUGAUUUACAGUGCAACAGUAAUGAUACACUGUUGGUGUAUUGUUCGUUUUUACUUGGUUAUUUAUUGCCAGUAUUUAGACAGUUCACAACACUGUUUUACAUGUUUGUUUUUGCUGUAAUGCCUAGGUUUUCUCCAAAUUAAUUGUCUAAUAAAAUAUUGACUUGGUGUGCUCUGCUGAACCAAUCCAAGACAAA